AGUAUUGUUGUUCAAAAUCAACAACAGUCGAAGCAAGAACGCAGACCGGAAAGGACGUUCGCUUAAAAUCAUCUAAAUUUUUGUUCGUUAACUUUUAGAAACAAUAAUUUGACAAAAUGAGCAGCGUUGAUGAAGAUCUUACACCCGAGCAAAUUGCCGUUUUGCAAAAGGCUUUCAACAGCUUUGACAGCCAAAAGACCGGCAGCAUAUCCACCGACCUGGUAGCUGAUAUCUUGCGUCUGAUGGGUCAACCCUUCGACAAGAAGAUCCUUGAUGAACUCAUUGAUGAAGUUGAUGAAGAUAAAUCCGGUCGCUUGGAAUUUGAGGAAUUCGUACAGUUGGCUGCCAAGUUCAUUGUUGAGGAAGAUGCUGAAGCCAUGCAAAAGGAAUUGCGUGAAGCCUUCCGUCUGUAUGACAAACAAGGCAAUGGUUACAUUCCCACCUCAUGUCUUAGAGAAAUUCUCAAGGAAUUGGAUGAUGCUUUGACCGAACAAGAAUUGGACAUCAUGAUUGAAGAAAUUGAUUCUGAUCGUUCCGGCACCGUAGAUUUCGAUGAAUUCAUGGAGAUGAUGACUGGCGAAUAGAAGAUGCACCCACCAGCCCCAAAAACUAGUCAUAAGCCCAUAAAACGCACUCACAUCUUUCACAUACAACACCUGUAUGAUGUCCACUGGGCGAAUGUUGAUGGCACACAUCAAUCACACAGUCGUCCGCCAUCUGCUUGAAUGGAUGGAUGCUGUCUCUCCCAUCAUCGACAACAUUCUUCUUUUAUGUGUCUAAUUAUUUAAAUAAGUGUUAAACAUUUUGCAAAUUAGCAAACAGCAAAAAAAAAAAGUAUUUUGUUAUUGUAAGCAUUUUAAUACCAAAGAAACAACACACCAUGGAACACAAUCCCAUGAGUGUAUCUUCAUCCCGUUUGUGAAUCCCCGUCACACAACAUCUUAGCUAGAGAGUGAAUACAUCUGUACAAACCGCACGACCGACCGACCAACCGCCCACCCAUCCAUCACACACAUGCGUCCCCACAUACAAGAAUGUAGUGAUUUCUGAAUAAAAACAAAAACAGUUGAAAAAAUAAACACAACAACAACAACA